AUGGGCGCGAAAAGGAGCGCAAUAUUGGGGAUUGGGAUUGGACAAGGUCAAAAUCAACAGCACUUGCCGUCCUACAAUCCAAUUGUGAACAACACACACCAACAGCAGCAUCAGCAGCAGCAUCACCUUCACCUCAGCAGCAGUAAUAACAAGAACAACUACAACUACAAAAUGGCGCACUUCAAAAUUGUCGCUUUCUUCGUUUGCGCUGUCGUUCUCUUCGUGCUCAGCACGAAGUCUGCCGAAGCGGCCAUUGCACGCGUCAAGUUUAGCAAUCCUUCGUAUCCCGGCAAAUGUGUGCUCAACUCGAACGUGAUUAUGUCGCCUGGACAAACUGGCAAGGCACCCGAUCAUCUGUGCGCCGGCGUCACUUGCUUGGAGAACGGUUAUGUGGAAUUCCGCACUUGCCAGGCAAAGGCACCGCCAAAGGGCUGCAAGCAGCGCGAUUUUGUGAACACGAACCGUAACUAUCCCGAAUGCUGUGAACGCUCGUAUGAUUGCACCAAGCACAUUUAAGCUUUGUCAUCGAUAACGAUAACAGCAGCGAUAACUCACGUUGUUGCACUUUUCUGUUUCUGUUUUUGUUUCGUUUCGUUUUUUUUUUGUGUAUUUUUUUUAUUUAUUUUGUAUACUACAACAUAACAAUUAAAAUGUAAACGCUUAGCAAUAUAUUUAAAUAAUUUAAUAAAAUCGUUAACAGAAAAUACAUAUGCAUCUAUGUAUGUUUGUUUUUGCUUGA